AUGGCCAGCAUCAAGGAGACAACGACUUUGCUAAACAGAGUCAUCAGAAAGAGCGAUGAGGGUGGCCGCAAAGCAAUCGAUUUCGGCGACAAAUCCUUUCGCGAACUCCGCCAAGUCGUCAAAAAUAAGCCUGAUUGGAACGCCGCCCUAGUCGACCAUUUGUUGCAAGAGGCCGAAAAAUCCGACUGCAUUAAGCGCCUGCUGGCUUUAUCUCUGUUGGAUUAUUUCUUCCAUCGGGCUCACGCUUGGCGCUCCCGCGUGGUCGAUAAUUUACAAGAGGUGCUGAUAAUUUUUUGCGAAUUGGACAUUCUGCACCGGCCAUUGCCCGAGCCAAAAUCGGAGGCCAGGGAUCUGAAGGUGGACGCAAUCAAGAAGAUCAAGGUGUGGCACGAAAAGUUCUCGGAAGGCUACGAACGGCUGAAGAAUGUCCCGCAUUUUCUGGCGAACUCCAAGUCGAUGGACUAUCAAAGCGCCUCAGCAAGUCUACAAAUCGAAUGCCAGCAGCUAGAAGAAGAGAAGCGGAAGGAGGAAGAGAAGACGGCUAAAGCCGUUCAACAGGUGAUGGCCAAGUUCCAGAUGAUGCACGCGGAUAUUGAGCGUUGUUUGAAAGAGGUGUCUUCUGCCGUGAAUCUAUUGGUGCCGAAUUUCGCCGAGGAUUUUGAGGGAGAAGCAUUUGCCGUUGAUUGUCUACCUUUAACUUCCGAUGGGCGCCUACACGGAUACGCUGACGCGCAUUCCAUCUCGAUUAAUCUCAAAGAAGCACUACCUCGUGUUAAAUUGUCAAAAGAAAAUGAGGCGCUGGUCUCGGCAGUCCGGGAUGGCCGAUCGAUGCUCGAUUUUUAUAGGAAAAACAUCGCUCGUUGGUUGACGCGGAUGGCGAGUGUUGGAGCGAAACAAGAGGACUGCGCGCCGCUUCUCAAUAUAAAUAAUCGAAUUGAAGAAGAGCGACUCCGGAUCAAUGACCUACGAAUUCCUGAAAAGCCGUCGCGGGAUGAUGAUUCGAGUGACGAGGCCAGCGAUUUUGAGGAUGUUCCGGAGAAGGAAGUCGAGGAGUUUGUCGCCCCGCUUGAUGAUUCUGUACCGCUGGUGAUCCUGGAUCGUAUCCGGAAAAUGGAAGAUGGACAAGGCUCAAGCCAAAUGGACAUGCCGCAGACGUCGAAAAUGACUGUAGAAGAACCGCUGGUGCCGACAGUACCUUACGGGCUCGAUCUCAAAUAUUGGGGUGAGGAGCCGCCGGCUGAUAUCGAGGUCCCUAAAAACAAUGCCGAUUGCCAUCGCUUUUGGCGGCCACCGGACGAGGGAGAUACUUCCAAAGAACAGUCGUCAGUCUACACGACGCGCGUCAUCACCUUCAUUGGAAAAGCCGUCGUCCCGACAAUGGCUUGUAAAGCACGGUUGAGCAGCGGGAAAUUGUGCCCGAGGAUGGAUGUUGAGAGAUGCCCGAUCCAUGGAAAAAUUGUGCCGCGAGACGAUGAAGGGUUCCCAUUCCAGGAAUCUCCGGACAUCAUCGUCCCAAAUCCAGAAGCGGAAGAUGACGCUGAAUUUGUGCGCGAUGUCGAGAUGGCUACCGGCCGAGAUUUGGGCGGCGGCUCCGUCCAGAAAAAGCCAGGCGGACGCACCAAGAAAAGACAGCGAGAUGUGCCGGCUAGCAAACAGACGCGUGACAGACUGGAGAAAAAGCUCCUCGACAAACGUACGGUGGCCCGCAUCUCGGCACAUCUGGACGCGGUGCGCAAGGCGAAGAUCGAGCAGAAGUUUGCCCACCAAUUCAACCAUGCCCUCUCCAGGCGA